AACAUUAUUCAAAAUCUCUAAAAGAAUUCUCUGCAUUCAUUGAAUGCCAAAACUUUUCUUUGACGCGUAGUAAGAAAUGUGAUGUAAGAAAAAAAUGGAUGGUCAACGAUUCGAGUGAUCCGGGAGGAAAUUUAUUUAACAAAUAUCGUCAACGAUCAAUCGAUCAUUUUUUAAAAAUAUAUCUUUUACUCAAAAAUCUACUAAAAUAAAAGACUGUCCACACAAAUCUCGGUUAGCUAAAAGUAGGUGAGAAUAUCUAAUAUUAAAUUUGGUGUAAAUGACAAAAUUAGAGAAUUGCCAAGAGGUCCAGUGGACAAAUGAGGUUUGCACGACGAGAAUCCAAGAAAAUCUUGGCCACAGAUUUAGUCUCAUUCAUCAAUGGUCAGGUUUGUUUUCUAUUCAUACAUUCAUUCUUAUGGGCGUUAAUCAGUGGUGCUUCGCGUGAGAGGGAAGUUCUCUGCGAUCCCUGAACCACAUGUCGAAUUACGAAACGCUGGGUAAGCUCGAGUUCGUUGUUUCUCGUUAGUCCAGUGCGCGAUAAAAAAUGCGACGAAGCAUCACGCGAGUGAAGAAAACGAUUCAAAGGAUGGCUGCAGAUGAUCCACACACGGAGAGUGCACCGCGUUCACCACGAAUUAUUCCCGAACGUUUGAGCUCUUUGAGCAACAGAACCGGAUUCAGCAACGAAGAAUUACGACGUUUGUAUCGCGAAUUUAAACAGCAUUGUCCUGGAGGAGGUGCAAGAUGCGGAGAUCUCAAACCAGCUUAUUCCAAACUCUUUCCCCUCGGCGAUUCGACAAAAUAUGCUCAAAUUGUUUUCAACAUGUUCGAUCGUGACAAAGAUGGCAUCAUUAGCUUUAGCGAUCUUAUCACUGGAUUGGCUUGUAUCGUCAAAGGUGAUACGGACCAGAAAUUAUCCUGGAUAUUUGGAUUAUACGACAUUGACGGUGACGGCUGCAUAACGCGGAAAGAAAUGAUCGUUAUUGUAUCGUCGAUUUACGAAAUGAUUGAAGAUAGUCGUUCAAUGAAAUCAGCUGUGAACGAUCACGUUGAGAGACUUUUUGCCAAGAUGGAUUUGAACAGAGACGGCGUUAUAUCGAAAGAUGAAUUUUUUACGAGUUGCAAAAACGAUAGGAUUAUCUGCGAUCAAUUGAACAUCUUUGAUCACUGCUUCUGGUGGUAAAAAUGUAAGUAAUAUUUUGUAUCACAAGAAAUUGUACAAAAUAAAGGUAAAGCUCACCAGAGCCUUUUCUGGAGAAUGUAAAAGACACAGGCAAGAAAAAACGCAAAUGCCAGCACUAAAAGGGCUUUGUCCGUAACUUCCCGCCGUCCAUAUUUCCCUAAGAGUUUACCAGAUUGAAUGAUCGCUUGUUGCUGAUGCUCCAGCUCGUCUUUUGUACUCGUCACUUUCUCCGAGGAUGUUACUGGAAUUUGAAUUUAUUAUUUGUAUCAUCAAAUUCAUUUGAAUUCUCUACGUUUUAAUAAAUCACUGUACCAUGAAGAAUUUAGACCAAAAGUUCUUCUAUUUUUGCUAGAAGAAAUUCACAAAACUUUUUUUUUCUUCCAUAAAUUUCUUUAGUUGAACUAAUUGUAACAAUGAAAAUUUUUGUGUAGAUGAAAAUGUGAUUGAUUGUGUAAAUACAAGAUAAUAUGGUGAAAGGCAAAA